CCGUGCGCAAUUAACUAAUUCAUGUGGCUUGCUGAUUCGUAAAUACUAGGGUUUUGUGUAUGAUAUAAAUUAGGGAAAGUCACACACAAUAACGAGUUGGUGGAAGUUGAGAGAUUCAAUUAGUGUUUCUAAGUCCAGGGUCACAUGUUUCCCCAACUCUUUAAUAACACCAUAUAAUCUCCAUCCAUCAAACCAAAGAUCCUAAAUAGAAAAUAGAAAACACAAAAAAUAAAAUAAAAACCACACACUAUUUAUUUCUACUCCAUUUCUCCCUCUAUCCAGCUAGCAGAGAUUUUGGAGAUGAAUCUUGCUGUCGCCAUGUUAUUCUACUGCCUCUCUCUCCUCUCUCUACUCUACUUGAUAUGGAGAUUCGUGGACGGCAAGAGGCACCGCAACUGCUACAUCCUUGACUACGAGUGCUACAAGCCCACGGACGACCGGCGGCUGAGCACGAAAUUCUCCGGCGAGGUGAUCCGCCGCAACAAGCACCUGGGCCUCAACGAGUACAAGUUCCUCCUCAAGGCCAUCGUCAGCUCCGGCAUCGGCGAGGAGACCUACGCGCCCAAGAUGGUGUUCGAGGGGCGCGAGGCGUCCCCGUGCCUCCGCGACGGCCUGCUGGAGAUGGACGAGUUCUUCCACGACAGCAUCGACAAACUCCUCCAGCGCAGCGGCAUUCCCCCCGCCGAGAUCGACGUGCUGGUGCUCAACAUCUCGAUGCUGGCCACCGUCCCCUCCCUCUCCUCCCGCAUCAUCAACCGCUACAAGAUGAGGGAGGAUGUCAAGGUCUACAACCUCACCGGCAUGGGCUGCAGCGCCAGCCUCGUCUCCGUCAACCUCGUCCACAGCAUUUUUCAAACCCGCCGGAACACCCACGCGCUCCUCGUCACCUCCGAGUCCCUCAGCCUCGGCUGGUACACCGGCAACGACCGCUCCAUGAUCCUCGCCAACUGCCUCUUCCGAUCCGGCGGCUGCGCCAUGAUCCUCACCAACAAACCCUAUCUCAAGGAGAAGGCCAUGUUCAAGCUCAAGACCCUCGUGAGGACUCACCACGGCUCCAGAGAUGAAUCCUACGACUGCUGCAUACAGAAAGAAGACGACAAAGGCUUCAUAGGGUUCCACCUCGGCAAGAAUCUGCCCAAGGCCGCCACGCGCGCCUUCGUCGACAAUUUGAAGGAGAUGGCGCCGAGAAUCCUCCCCAUGCGCGAGCUCCUCCGCUUCUCCGCCCUGCUCCUGAUGCGCAAGGUGCGGCAGAAGUGGAGCAAGGCGGGGCCCGGGGCGAGGCCGCUGAUCGACUUCAAGACCGGGGUGGAUCACUUCUGCCUGCACACGGGGGGGAAGGCGGUGAUCGACGCGAUCGCGCAGAAUCUGAACCUGAGCGAGUACGACGUGGAGCCGGCGAGGAUGACGCUGCACCGCUUCGGGAACACGUCGGCGAGCAGCCUCUGGUACGUGCUGGCGUACAUGGAGGCGAAGGGGCGGCUGAAGAAGGGGGAUAAGGUGUUCAUGAUAAGCUUUGGGGCGGGAUUCAAGUGCAACAGCUGUUUGUGGGAGGUGAUGAGGGAUUUGAACGGCAGGGGGAAUGUGUGGACUCAGUUUAUUGAUAACUAUCCCUUGAAGAAUUUGGCCAAUCCUUUCAUGGAGAAGUUUGGAUGGCUGCAUAAUGAGGAUCCCGAUACCUUCUUUGUUCCUGAUGAUUAUGAAAUACCCGAUUAAUUCAUUUGCUUUUUUUUCCUUUUCUUAUAUCAUCAUUCUUGCCCUAAUUAAUUUUGUUUUGUUUGUUUUCUCUCUUUCUAUUGGAGGUUUUACUGGUGUUGAUGCAUACACUUGGAUUUAAAGUGGAAGAUACAAUUGUUGUUUGGACCUCAAAACUUGUAUCCUAUUUCAACAUGUUUAUUAUACGAUUAACGAUGCAA